AUGUCAUCAAUACCGCCGAAUUCACCAAUCAUUGAUUCUGUAUCAGAUUCGUUAUUAGAUCGAACAUCAUCGUCAUCGUCAUCGUCACCUUCAUUAUCAUUAUCAACAGAAUUAUUUAAUCGUUUACAAGCUUUUCAAGUCUAUUUGGAAAUGUCAGGUUCUAUUGAUGCAUUAACAGAUUGCGUAGCACAACUCAAUGUAUCAUAUUCUUCAUCGUACUCAUCACCGCUUGAACAAUUUAAAGCUAUUCUUCGUUCGAAAAUUCCUCAAACGAUUGAAGUUGAUUGUUUACAACAAGAAAUAGAUGAGCUUAAACUAAAAAUCGCUCAAAUACGUCAAGCAUAA